AUGGAUCAUCAUAAGCAGUCCAUCCACCCGAUCUCGCACUCUGAUCUUCCAUUCCUCUCCGACCUCGUCCACACCUGCAAACUCGCCCUCCCCAUCAAUCGCCUCUUAUUCAAAGAUUGGCCCAAUGAAGCUGCUCAAAAACCGCUCUACGCAGCUGCUGUCGAAACAGCAUUCCAAGGUGAAUUUGUCGAUUGUCUAAAAUCAAUCGACGAGAAGUCGGGGGAUAUUCUCGGAUAUCUUGCCUUGACUAGAAAACGGUCCUCUACUGGGAAUACAAACAAUCAACCGCCGUCCGGUAAAGGCAUCGGAAGUGAAAAGCCGCAGGAUAUACCUGAAUUUUUCAACUCGGAGGUUCUCGAAGCAGUAUCCGGGGCGGUGUCUGAGAUCGCCCGAAGCGCGGUAGGAUUCGAUCAUUUCGGUAUAACGUCUUGUGGCCAACGAUGUCCACCUAUGCUGACCAAGAGGGAGCAGAGCUCUCAUAUAUCUGCGUUAAGCCUUCGACCCGUCGGCAAGGGAUAG